UCAAGAUAUUCUCUGUACUUUAGGACCUCUGUUUUUAAGGCGUCUGUGAAGCGUCGCUUAGGCGACGCCUUAGCGUCAGGGCGCCCUCCGAUGGCAAGGCGUCGAACCUGCCUUAUACAUCGUCGUAAAGCGUCCGCUUUAGAUCCUAGGGCGUCUGAAUCGUCCGCCUAGGCGCGUAGGGCGGCGCCUUGGGCCAGAUCGGACGCCAUGGGCUGCUUCCAGGCGGGAAAGAGUGGCCCACGCGGGAAGCUUUCGCGGGAAAUAUUGGGCUCGCGCGCGAGUGCGAACAGCUCCGAUCUGUGCCCCUCCUCGCCGGGCUCAGCUCUCCCUCCAACUCUGGCGCAACAGCAAGGUAGAUCUGUAGAUGUGCUUGGCUGCUUGCCUGCUCCUCCUCUGCAUCUGUUUGCUCCCAAAUCUGCUUCUCCAUCCACAAGGCAGCAACCCCACCAUCGCUUCUCUCCUUCCCCAUGCUUGUCUGCUUGCUCUAGUGAUUUGGCUCUUCUCUCUUUGACGGUUGAUUGGGUCUUUUCUCAGUGUUGCUGCAGCAGCGAGGUGUCCCUGCUCUGAUGGAUCCUAGGAGAAGAGCUACAUCAGAUGAUCCAGUUUGGAAGUAUGGGUUCUGGCCAGAUUUAGAGAGGAAAGAUUUACUCCAGUGUACAUUGUGUGGCAAGAUAGUCCAUGCUGGAGUGAGAAGGCUGAAGCAGCACCUUUCUGGGGGUUGUAGUGAUGCAGAUAUGUGUCCCGAGGCAUCUAUGGAGAUUAGGAUAGAGAUGCGCAAAUCCUUAAACACUAGAAAGUUUAAAGCUAUGGAGCGAUAUAUUGAUGAGAAGGAUGAAGCUGAAGUUCAAAGGCGCCGUUCUGUCAUAUACAGAAGAUGAUUUGAGGCCUAUGAUUUGGCAACAACUAAUUAUGUUAAUGUUAAUUGUUAAAUUUCCUAAAUGGCUGCCAUCUGUUAUAUAUGUAUGUACAGUUUAUGAUGUCAAUGCUAGUAGUUAAAUCUCCUAAUUGGCUGCCAUCUAUUAUAUAUGUAUGUGUCUAAGGCGUCGCCUCGCCUUAUGCCUUAGCGCUUAGCCAGUGAGGCGCCCCCCCCCC